UAAUUUGAACGGAGGCAGUAUUAAACUCCCUUUCAUGUCUUGUCUGUCUCCUACACCAUUUCUUGAGAGAUGACACAAUUGCAACACUUUACAAUCCGAUCAUCACGCCCUUGUGCAUGUUUUGUGAAGUUUUGUUUUCAGUUCCAACCACAUUCUUCUUUUUCUUCAUCAUCUUCUUCUUUGCCACCAACACAAGAACACCUUUGCCAGCUCAUACUUGACCAAAAAACCGCUUCCGAAGCACUUCAAACCUUCAGAUGGGCAUCAACAUUCUCCAAAUUCACCCAUUCACAAUCCACAUACCGUACUUUAAUUCACAAACUCUGCAUUUUUCGCCGUUUUGAUACCGUCAAGCAACUGCUCGACGAAAUGCCUAGCUCAAUCGGAGCUUCCCCAGGUGAUGAUGUGUUCAUAACUAUUGUCCGAGGACUUGCCCGGGCGAGAAUGAAACGAAGUGUCAUCAAAGUUCUUGACUUGGCUUACAAGUUUCACGGUACACCUUCUUUGAAGAUUUUCAACUCAAUUUUGGAUGUACUUGUGAAAGAGGAUAUUGAUAUGGCUAGAGAGUUUUAUAGAAAGAGUAUGAUGGGGGGUGGUGUUCAUGGGGAUGGUUAUACUUUUGGGAUUUUGAUGAAAGGUCUUUGUUUAACAAAUAGGAUUGGUGAAGGUUUUAAGCUUUUGCAGCUUAUUAAAUCUAAUGGGGUUACACCAAAUACUGUCAUUUACAACACUUUGCUUCAUGCGCUUUGUAGGAAUGGAAAGGUUGGUAGAGCUAGGAGCUUGAUGAAUGAGAUGGUGGACCCGAAUGACGUUACGUUUAAUAUAUUGAUAUCUGCGUAUUGUAAGGAAGAUAAUUUGGUUCAAGCUCUUGUGUUGCUUGAGAAGUGCUUUGACAUGGGUCUUGUACCUGAUGUUGUUACCAUAACUAAGGUGGUUGAGAUGCUAUGCAAUGCUGGCCGUGUAACGGAUGCUGCCGAGGUUCUUGAGAGAGUUGAGAGCUUGGGGGGUUCACUUGAUGUUGUGGCUUACAAUACAUUGAUAAAAGGAUUUUGUGGAGUGGGAAAAGUUAAAGUUGGACUUCAUUUCCUUAAGCAGAUGGAGAAUAAAGGCUAUCUUCCAAAUGUGGAUACCUAUAAUAUACUCAUACAUGGUUUUUGUGAAUCUAGGAUGUUGGAGUUGGCUCUUGAUCUUUUUAAUGAUAUGAAGACUGAUGGAAUCAAACAGAACUUUGUUACUUUCGACACAAUGAUUCGAGGUUUGUGUUCAGAGGGGAGAAUUGAAGAUGGUUUUUCAAUUUUAGAGUUAAUGGAGGAAACCAAAGAAGGCUCUAAAGGGCACAUUAGUCCUUACAAUAGCAUAAUAUAUGGUUUAUUUAAGCAAAACCAUCUCGACGAGGCAUCCGAGUUUCUAACAAAGAUGGGAAAAUUAUUCCCUAGAGCUGUUGACAGAAGCAUGACGAUUAUACAGCAUUGUAACGAAGGUACUAUUGAGGAUGCAAAGAAGGUAUAUGAUAAGAUGAUUGAUGAAGGUGGAAUUCCAAGUAUUCUAGUUUAUAACUUGCUUGUUCAUGGCUUUUCGCAACACAGUAGUAUCCGAGAGGCCGUAGAGCUUAUCAAUGAAAUGAUAGGUAAUAACUGUUUUCCGAUUGCAUCUACAUUCAAUGCUGUCAUCAUUGGGUUUUGUAGACAAGAAAAAAUUGAAAGUGCCUUGAAGUUCAUGGAAGAUAUCACCACAAGAGGUUGUGAACCAAAUACCGAAACUUACAGUCCUUUGAUUGAUGUGUUAUGUAGGAAGGGAGACCUUCAGAAAGCCUUGCAGGUCUUUUUGGAAAUGGUAGAAAAGGGUAUCCUUCCUGACCAAUUUAUUUGGAAAUCAUUGCUACUUAGUUUGAGUCUACAAAAUAAUUUCAGUAAGAGUGUGUCCAACAUAGAUUAUUUACUAUAGUACUCUAGUGGAUUAGGUAGACUUCAAAUUUGUUUAUAAAGGGUGGAUUGCGAUAAUCAA